UCGAGUGAAGCGCGACGUUUCUGCCUGACACUCGAAUCGAUGUACCUUUGAUUUGUCACUUCGCUCGAGCGUCGCGUCGCGUCUUUCCUAGCGAGAAUGACAUGUUCCUGGCGAGGGAGCCGCUCCAGAGGGCUGAGAAGCGUCGAAAGUGAUCCUCGCGGGUAGCAGCCGGCUAAGAAAUGGCAAUUUCUAGCUGGAUGAUUUGGGGUAGGAGCCUCCGCACCACCAGACCUCAACGAAGUCGACAUAAUAAUGAAGACAAUAGCGUGCAUCUCGACCUGUCAAAAGAAUUGAAGGAAAAUGUAAGGGAGGUGCUAACUAACCUUUGUCAACGACAGGGAGUUUCAAGCGUAAAGAAACUAGCUUAUUUAAAUGCUAUGGUAAAACUUAUAAGUGAAAAUGAUGCUCCUGACUAUGGCUUCUGUACGGAGGAUCUGUUUUGUUGUUUGCGAGUCGGUCUGGUGCACGAAGCAACGCAAGUACGUGCGGCUGCUCUACGAGCGGUGCGAUACAUGCUCAAGAAAGAAGAGGAUAUCGUUGCCAUUAACAAGCUGCAAUAUCCAUACUUUGUGGCUCGCAGUAUGGAUGUUAAUUUACGAAACGAAAUGGAGAGGAUGCAGGCCCUGCGGCUCGUCAGGCGAAUUUUGGUUCUAGCUCCGAAGCACUUCAGCCCCGUCCUGGCAAGAUCGCUCGUGAGCUUGACGAACGAAGGCAUCGAAGAAAAGGAUUGGGCAUUUCGAGUGUUCCUGGCAACUCUCUGUGAACUGGGAGUUUUAAAUUCAAGCUUGUUAAUAAACUGUGGCGGCGUCAGUGCUUUAGCAAGAGCAGCAAUGACCGGACAGAGUCCAGCCAUCACCGAAGCAGUAGUCGGAGUAAUGUUGAAACUAUUAAAUAAUCCCGAAACUAGAAGCAGCGUCUCUCUAUUAUGUCUGGCAGCCCCGUACUGCGAGUUACAUUCAUCCGGACUAGAACGAAGGGACGAACGAGAACAAAGAUUUGCAGCAAGUAAGCUGGCUCUGUUAAGCAUUUUACGCUCGUUCUCAGGACUCCUGCACUUCUGUCAUCCAAAUGACACUUCGGGAUUGAGAGCCAUCGCAGAUAUUUUAUAUGUGGAUCAAUUGAAUCUACGAGGAGCAGUUUUGGAGUUGUUGUACGAACUGCUGGGUUUGCCUCUGCCAAUGUGGACCGACGAGCCAGACGUUGCCCUAGCCGCAGUUGAUCCUUGUCGACAAAGGGAAUCCUGGAAACUGUCGGAAGGAUUUGUAGCAGCAGAGGGUAAAUCUAUACUACCAACCCUUUCGUCUCACAGAUCCAACAUCACCCAAGUGCACCAGGCAUUACUAGUGUACGUGCUACUGGAAUCCGGACUGCACAGAGCGCUGGCUGAGACCAUCGUAACCGCCGACACGUUCAUCUCCGUUCGUGCAGCGGUUCUCCUGGGAGCUUUGUUACACCUAGCGCACUCGCUACUUCCAUCCGAAGUUUGCGACCUGACACCACCGUUGCCUAAUCUUCUGGAACACGCUAGUGCAGGGAGGCAUCAAGCUCUAGCGGCAGUCGCGAUCCUAGGACGAAUCCACGCCAUGAUGCGCCGAAGACCGACACCUGCGAGUCUGUUCCUGGACCGGAUAUUGCGGGCAGGAUCAUGGCUUCGGCCUAUCGUACCUCGAAGACAGCGUCCGUCCAGUCGCCAUUGGCUCCGUCGAGAGUCAUCUACGACUCCUUUGCUGAAAGAUGCCCAAGUGUUGAGCUCCAAGGAUGCGCUAGCCUGGAAUUGGCCCGUGGUGCGGUCCAUCCUGCGCUCGAGAGAAGACGCUCUUAGAAUAUUGCACGACUCGGAUCACAAAUUAUUUAUUAAACGACUGGUCCGCUACUUCAAGCCUUCGUCGAAUAGGUACAGUAGAGUGGAACUGAAUAUGAACGCGAUGCUGGCGCGCGAGGCAUCUCUAGCCGGUUGUGAUUUAGUUAACUGUUUAUUAGAACCAGACGAGCCGGAAGGCACGAGGCUGCUGAACGAGCUGGUCGGCGACAUAGCCGACCAGAUCACAGCCAUUCGUACCGCCCAGUCGGCUCACGACUGCUUGUUCUCACCUCGUCACAUGUCGACUACUUGCUGCCAAAAGUAUUUCUUGUUCCUCGGCCAGCUAAGUCAAUCGGCGAAGGGCACCAGAAUCUUAAAGGGCUUCGACCUAUUGGAGAAGCUCCAAGAGCUGGCGCUCGUCACCAACCACGACUGCUACGUCAAGCUGAUUACGUCCAGCCUCGACUAUACGAGUGAUGGUCCCAAUAGAAAAUUACUAGGUAAAAUAAUAGCCGAAGCGCCCUUGGAGAGUACACGACUGUAUGCAACCCAGUUCCUGCGAUUGGUGCUCAGAGCUAGAAUGACCGACGCUUAUCAGUGGGCUAUGAUGCUGCUAUCCGACAGACUGUCGGAUACCAGUAGAGCGGUCGCUCUGGCCGCGUUGGAAGCGCUGCACGAGGCUUGCGAGGAGCCGAAAUACCUGGAGACGUUCCUGCAACAAGGAAGUCACUAUAGAAAUUGGGACAGGUGGCUACAACCCUUGGGGGACCGAGGCUACCUACUGAAGGUUAGGCUGUACUCCCUCAGAGCUGCCUUCUCGACCUUGUCUUCGCCGUCGGAGGAGCUGGAGAAGUGGACCGGAGGCUACUCCGAGCAGUACGUCGGCCUGAUGGAAGAGGAGAUCCACGACUCGCUGACUCGCCGACAGAGGGGAGAAAACGGAUCCUACCACAGAAGACUAAGCCAAGCGUUAUCGACGCCUAGGGACGUCUUCGUAAUGCCUCAUUUGAUCGGGCAAAUGGUGCAACACGACGUGGGCAUGCAGCUCCUGAUACGUCGCAACGUGCUGCCGAGGUACGCCAGGACUAUCCAGAGGUUCAGGAUGGAGUUUGUGACGAAGGACUCGGAGUCGAAUUCGAGGAUCAAUAAGAGCAGCCGUUUGGUCCUGGAAGACGCGUUUCUGAUGUCGGAGGAGUCUGGGACCGAUGAGACCGUUGAGUCGAGCAGGCUGGAGACGAUCGUUGACUCCGAGAUUAUGGAGAUGAUCGAUGCGAGGACCCCCAGGAAGGCGGAAUCGCUUAUGGAGAUCAAGAGGAAGUCAAGCUUUGACGAUUCCCGCAGGACCACGCCAGAAAGGAACUGGAGGAGCGAACCUGACUCUCAGGCUGAAGCCUUGUUGAGUCUUGAGGGAAGGAUCCUCAGGGUGAAGGCUGCUCUUUGGGCUCUUGGCCAUGCUGGAACUUCUACGGCUGGGGUCGAACAACUUAACCAUCUGGGUCUUAUCGAGUUGAUAACCUCCGUUGCGGAAACUUGUCCUUACUACUCUAUACGAGCCACUGCUAUGUACGCCCUGAGUCUUGUCGCCACCACUCGCGCUGGCGCGGAUGCAUUGUUGGCGUACGAUUGGCCAUGUGUCAGAUACAGAAGGGGCGAUCAGUGGCCCGUUGUUGCUCCUAGUAAUCUUUACCUCAUCCCCAGUCCUGUUCCCAUCCAAAGACACCAUCGCAGCCUUAGCGAUGGCAAGCCUGAAUUGCCGGAGCCUAUUGCUCGCAGGACGAGGAACCGAUCGGAAAGCGCGGCCACGGAGCUCGAGGCCAGACGUUACGUGCUCUUAGAAAGAGGAGAAACUCCGAGUCCCGUGUCGAGCAUUCAGAGAUUAAGUCAGCAGGAUGCAGAGGGAUACGCUCGGCUUCGCAAUCUUCAACGUCAUCGAAGGCCGAGUUAUUCCCAUAGUAGUCUGGAGAUGUACAGCUUAGAUGGACGACUAUCUCUGCAGAGUCUUUCAGAGCUGGAGUCUCCGAGGAGCUGGAUCAUGGAAAACAUCCUGACUCCGAUGCCCCCUCCUAUAGAAAAUGAUGCCAAUUCGUAUUACAUGGGAAUCUCUCUUCCUAGGAAACUUACCGCUAUUUUCCCGGAUACACCUCGACCUCCAAUUACGAUUGGUGUCGAUGAUUUGUACAGACCUGGCGGUGAUUCCACCGAGGCUGACGAAGAGUCUGGGUCGGAAUGCGAUGGGAUUACGGAACACUGUCGAGUCUGCUUAGUUUGUAAUCGGGGAAGAAAUAGUAGUAGAGAAAAUAGCGGAGAGGAGGCAGAUUCUAAAUUGAAAAGAGAAAUCUUGAGGCAUGCCUUGCGUUUAGCGAAUCCAGUUUGGUACCGGAACAGUCGACAAGCAUUGCUGAGGCUAAGGCAAAGGCAUCCUGAGAAAUUUCAGGAUGCUUGCAUCUUCUCGGAAGUAUCCGCUCGAUUGGGUACUGGCACGUAUAGGAUGCCAGCGCGGCGUUUCCUGCAGGAAUUGUUUCUGGAUUCCCCAUUUGAUUCGCUUUAUUCGGAGCCAAUGGUGAUUCUGAACGUGCCGGUCGGCACCGAGGAGAAUCCUGCGCAGACAACUGUUCUUCCUUUACCAGUUGCGAGCCCUCCUGUACUUCCUAGUCCUAUGGAAACUAAGAUCAACGGUAGAGUCGUCGUCGGUCCCGAUGGCCAAACACCGUUGUCGGUUGUCAAAGAAGAGGCCGGCCACGAGACACGCGUUGUCCAGUUAAGAGACAAGACCCAAGAAGUAUUGAGGAUACCGGAGCGACUUAGCGAUGAGAAAAUAAUAGCCGAAAUAUUGAAGCCGGAGGAGAGGAUACGAAUAUCAAAGAGUUCCGAUAAGUUGUUGAAAGUAACAGGUACAAACACUGCCAUCAGCCUUGAAUAGUGCUCCUUAACUCUCAAUCAGCUGUACAUAUUUUAUAUUAAAGUAAUAAUGCAGUUCGAAAUAAAGUGGACACACACACAUACACACACACACUGCCGGAAUGAUUCUGAUUAUCUCGCAAGGGUGACCGAUGUGUUGCCCGUUUGUUCAACCGCGUGUUCGGGCUCGGUUUUUCAUCAUCCACAGGCGAGUACACUGUUAAGAGUAACAAUAAUUAACGACAAAGUAUUUGUUGAAUUCUGCGUUGUGAUAGUAAAAUAAAGGAACGAGAAGAGGAA